GCCACUGCCACGCGCGCUACACGUGUGCGCCAGCACUGCGCUGCGAGCUCCGGCGCUGCACGCUCUCCUCGAUCGGCGCCGCACCGCCAGCAGCGCGCCGCACGUGCCCCACAGCAGCCUGCCUAGACGGCAGCACUCGCCCGGCGCCCAGCCGCAGUGGCCGCCAUGUUCGUCGCCUCCAGCCUGUACAACUACGCCACGGGCGCGCCCAGCACCUCGGCCACGCCCGAUGCCACGCCGGCCAACACGCGCGUCAAGCGCCGGCCGCUCAAGCAGGGCCCGCGCAGCGACCCCACGGCGCCGCCGCGCUCGCCGCCGCCGGCCUACGCCUCCGUCGCUGCGGCACCCGGCGACGCUGCGCCCGUGCCGCCCGGCGCCUGGACGCCCGCCGAGCUGGCCAAGGUGCAGAUCGUCGACGCCAUCGUGCAGGAGGAGGACCUGUACAAGGUGCUGGGCGUGUCGCGCAAGGCAAAGGCAGACGAGAUCCGGCGCGGCUUCCUGGCGCGCAGUCGUGUGUGUCAUCCCGACAAGUUUCCGUCGUAUCCGGCGUGCAUUCCCGCCUUUCAGCGCGUCUCGCUGGCGUACCAGACGCUCUCUUCGCCCUCGUCGCGACGCAUGUACGACGUCUCGGGUCGCGCCGACUUUGCACAGGCCAUGGGCAGCGGCGGCAUGGGCGACGCCAUGGCGGGCGGCGACGAGACGCUGAACGGCGUGCUGUACAGCGUCUUCUGCGAGUUUCUCGACGGCGACUUUGAGAUGAUCCGCGUGCUCGUCAACGCGAUGAACGAGGGCAACCCAGGCCUGAACUUGGGCGAAGAGGCAGUCGACUCGAUCGAGGGAGCGUUCAAGCGCCUGCGCCACAUGAUGCUCGCGGGCAAGAAGUACCUCUCCAUCAUCCGCUUCGAGCUCAUCCGGCUGUACGAGAUCCAGCACUCGCUGCGCCAGCUCUCGUACUUUGACGUCUUUGGGCGCCUGCGCCUCACGCUGCAGCUCGCGCGCGUGACGCUGUCAAUACCCAUGGCCAUCGACUCGGCGAUGAAGGCGCCAGACGAGUCGACAGGCACGGCCGACGCGGCAGCAGCAGCGAGCAGCGUGCCACUGCCGCAGAGCGAGAGCGAGGCCAGCAGCGGCAGUGACGCCGACGAGCACGCCGAGGCCGCGCACAGCAGCGACUUUGGCGUCGCGCCCGAGGAGACCGAGGACUCGGACGAGGACGGCGGCGCCGGGCGCAGUGCUGCAGCUCGGCGUGCAGCACAGCGAGAGCGCAGGCGCAUCAAGCGGCGCGAGCGGCGGCGAGCUGCACGAGUCGAAGGCCCCGACGGCGGCGUCGCCGACGACACGCAGGCACAGCUGCAGAAGCGAGGCCUGCUCGGCCCCACGGCCUCACGGCUGCUCGGCGGUGUGGUGCAGGCGCUCGAGCUCACCGAGCGCUGGGUGCCUGGGCAGCGGCGCGACAGCGACUAGCUCGUCGCUCUGCUCUUCACCUCGCCCGUCGCCUCGCUCGCUCGCCCUCCAUCCUCACGACUCUCACGUAUUUCACGCUCACUAACGGCUCGCAAUACCACCGCUUCCUGCUCGCUCUCUCAGUCACACACGCGCACGCGCUCUCUUUCU